UUUGCUUUUGGCUGCUUCGAAUUGCAACAUAUUAAUAAUGUUCAUUCAACACACAAAUUGAACUGAGUAAGCUGAAUUGCCGAGUUGUAUACAUAACAAAUACUUUUAACGACCACUAAGGAAAUUUUUCGCUAUAUAUCUUGCAGUAAUCUUUUAUAUAUGUUUAAUGCGGAUCGCAAAUUUUAACGCGGUAAUUUUUAAUCGGUUUUAAAGGAUUUAGUUCGAAAAUUUUAGUAAGGGAAAUGAGUAAUCUUUCUUCAAACGUAUCUUUUCUAAAGAGAGAUACUUCAGAUUUAUUGAGCCUGUAUAAAAAAUAUGAAAGUUUUCCGAACAAUUUACGUUAUAGUAAACAAUCUAAUAUAUCGCCUUCCCGUAGUAAUGUAAGAGAUGCUAUAAUAUCAUUAAUGAAAGAACUGAACUUAAAUGGAAAACUUCAGCAGGAAUUGCUUUAUUACGCAGACACAGGGAAAAGUUUUCCGUUCUUGCCUAAAAAGAUAAUUAAUUUCAAAGAGAGAAAAAUUGAAAAACCUUUAAGUGCAAAAUUAUUGAAAUUGCCUGAUAAACCAAUGCAGAGAACAAAAAGCACUAUCGAACAAAUAGGGGCGUAUGAAAGAGAACAGUUCAGACCGAAUCCAUCAAAAACUAGAGCAUCCCAUGAAAAGGAGAGGCUUCAGAAUUUAAUGGCUUUUGGUGAAGAUCUGAAUAAAGAACCAAAUAUUAUCACGAUCGAUACAGAACCUUCAAGAAUAUCAAAAGAGGAUCUUUUUGACGAAAUUUUAAUUGAGAUCAAAGAGAGAAAAGAUUUUCUCGAUGAAAUGGCUGAACUUGGAGAAGGAAAAAAAUAUUUGGCAGAUAUUCAGUGUCAAAUUGCACUACGACUACGGGAAUUAGAAAAGUUGGACAAAGACAGAGCACAGCCCUUUGUUUUCAUGUUUGGCAUAUGAAUAUAUUUAAAUUAUCACAAGUAAUACAUUUACUACAUUUAUUAUAUACACACUUCAGAAUAACUGUAAAACCUAUUACUAAACUUUAAAGUACUAACCUGUAUUAACUUUGUGCAAUGUAUAUAAAUUAAUCUAGUAUUUCUGUAAUUCAUUAUUUAAAAUCAUACUUAACUAUAAAAUAAACCGUUUAUGCAAAAUCCAUA